AUCAAUGGCUGCUACAUGCGUCCCUCCUGCCUCUAUCUGUGGAUAUAUUCAUCUGGCCGUUGAUGUUGUCAGUGUGAUGGCACAUCUGUCUGGUCUGGUCUCUGCGUAACCUUUUCAUCUGCUCUGGGCAACCAGGGACCAGGAGGGGAUCCUUCACCGGCAGGACACAUAGGAACUACAGCACUCUAGAUCCAUGUGAAUGACCACUGCAUGGUGAACUUCUGGUGAAUAGUUGUUGGAAUGUCUUGGUCAUGGUUGAUGGACAGGUCGCAGUGAUCUAAAUACUGCCUCUUCAUUGUGUCAUAUUGGAGUGUUUUAUAGCUUCUGAUCUUCCAACACCAGAAGGCAACAGGAGCAGGUUGUGGUGCUUUAGGAUUGUAAAGAGGAGAGAUUGACCUGUGGUUUUGAGAGGAUGAUAAAAUAAGGAGAGAAAGGGUUGGAGGAUGACAGGAUCCAGACACCGGAUAUUCACGCACACUGAGGAGAAGAGCAUUCUGGGUCACACAGUCAAAAAGAACGUCAGAGUCUUCCACUUCCUUUAGCCGACAUGAGGAAACUUAACCCUAUACCCUGCAGACUCAUUGAGAUGUUCCUCAACACUUUCCUGAGGCUUGCUGAUCCUGAAGUGUGUUGUUGUUGUUUUGUUGUGUGCUGACUGAGAUAUUGGAGAGGAGCCAUAGCCAGCGGAACCGUACGGAUAUCCUCCUCAGGCGACACAGUGGACCCAGGCAGGAUGGGACUACGACCCAGAGCCAGAUCAGGUGGAGAAACAAACACAGGGUUGAGGCUGGGACCCAGAGGAACCCCCACAGGGCUGAGGCUGGGACCCAGAGGAACCCCCACAGGGCUGAGGCUGGGACCCAGAGGAACCCCCACCGGGCUGAGGCUGGGACCCAGAGGAACCCCCACAGGGCUGAGGCUGGGACCCAGAGGAACCCCCACAGGGCUGAGGCUGGGACCCAGAGGAACCCCCACAGGGCUGAGGCUAGGCCUGUGGAUCCUGUGUUUCAGCUGGUUCUGCUUCACUGCUCACGCUCAGAUGAAGAUACCGCCUGAGACGGUCCAGUUUUGGGCUAAUAUCCUUUCAGUGCAACUACGCGAGACUACCACAAGAUACUCUGGAGCUAACAUUCUACAAAAGAAACUCAAAGAUGUGGAAUCCAUUAUUAAGAUAGUGGACAUCGAUGGGAGAGAUCAAGUGAGGGACUUUGCAGAGGACAUGGAGAGAAUGCUGGGGUCCAAGAUGAAGUCAGUUAAGAGGUUGGCUGAGUCUGCGGAGGAUGCAGAUUUGUACCACGACUUCAACAAAACGCUAGAGUUUGACUACUAUAACUCCAUGCUGGUGAACACAGCAGAUGAAGAUGGUAACUUCAUAGAGCUGGGUGGUGAGUUUCCUCUGGAGAAGAAUAAGCAUUUCAACAACCUGCCAGUCAACACACUGCAGAGUGACGUACAGGUUCCAACCAAUGUCUACAACAAAGAUGCCUACAUCCUCAAUGGAAUCUACUGGUCGGAGGCUCUGAAUGACGUGUUCAUGAACAACUUCCAGAAAGACCCCACCCUCACCUGGCAGUACUUUGGCAGCUCCUCGGGAUUCUUCAGAAUCUACCCUGGUAUCAAAUGGACUCCAGAUUCGAAUGGUGUGGCUGCGUUUGACUGCAGGAACCGUAACUGGUAUAUCCAGGCUGCCACCUCACCAAAGGACAUUAUUAUCGUGGUGGACAUCAGUGGCAGUAUGAAGGGUCUGAAGAUGACCAUCGCCAAGCACACCAUCAACACCAUCCUGGACACACUGGGGGAGAACGACUUUGUCAACGUCAUCGCUUACACUGACUAUGUGCGCUACGUAGAGCCAUGCUUCAAAGGCACCCUGGUGCAGGCUGACUUGGACAACCGCGAGCAUUUUAAGGUGCUAGUGGAUGAGCUUCACGUGAAGGGAGAGGGAAAAGUUGCAAAGGCCAUGAAAGAAUCCUUCAAAAUCCUGAAUGAGGCUGCGACCAAGGGCCAGGGCAGCCUAUGUAACCAGGCCAUCAUGCUGAUCACAGAUGGAGCCAUGGAGGAUUUCAAAGACGUGUUUGAAGAGUUCAACUGGCCUGAUCGCAGGGUGCGCCUCUUCACUUACCUUAUUGGCAGAGAGAUGACCUUUGCGGACAACACCAAGUGGAUCGCCUGCAACAACAAGGGUUACUACACACACAUCUCCACUCUGGCUGACGUGCAGGAGAAUGUCAUGGAGUACCUUCACGUCCUGAGCCGACCAAUGGUCAUCAAUCACAAUCAUGACAUCAUCUGGACCGAGGCUUACAUGGACACUGUGCUACCCAAUACGAAGGAGCUCUUCGCCACAAAGGCUCAAAGUUUACUUCUCAUGACCACAGUGGCAAUGCCUGUCUUCAGCAAGAAGAAAGAGACGCUGAGCCAUGGGAUCCUGCUGGGGGUGGUGGGUUCUGACAUCCCCCUGUUGGAGGUAAUGAAGCUGGCUCCCAGAUAUAGGCUGGGCCCCCAUGGUUACGCUUUCCUCAUCACCAACAACGGGUACAUCCUGGCACACCCUGACCUACGACCUCUGUACAAAGAAGGUAAGACGCUGAAGCCCAAGCCUAACUACAACAGUGUGGACCUGGCUGAGGUGGAGUGGGAGGACAUAGACGAGAUACUAAGGACAGCCAUGGUGAAAGGGGAGAUGGGCACUCUAUCUUUAAACGUGAGAGCAUCAGUGGACAAAGCGAAAAGGCCUUUGUUCUUGACAAAUGACUAUUUCUACACAACCAUCAACGACACCCCAUUCAGUUUUGGUAUGGUUCUGACAAGGGGUCACGGACAGCUGAUGUUCAUGGGGACAGUCUCUGUGGAAGAGGGCCUGCAUGACCUGACGUCCCCUGAUCUAUCCAUAUCCAAUGAGUGGACGUAUUGUGAGACAGACAUUGAUCCUCACCACCGCAAAUACUCUCAGCUUCAGGCUGUCAUUCGCUACCUGCAGGGGAAGGAGCCUGACCUGGAGUGUGACGAGGUGCUGCUGCAGCAGACUCUGUUUGAUGCCGUAGUGACAGCCCCCUUAGAAUCCUACUGGCAGGCCAUCAUGCUCAAUGCAUCUGGGAUGGAGAUGGGUGUGGAGACAGCCUUUCUGGGAACCCGCUCUGGCCUUAUCCGGCUUACCAGAUACACUGGCAUAGAGACCAGGGUCGCCAAAACGUUCUUGACUCCAGCUGAUAAGGACAACCUGUUUACCGUGGACCAUUUCCCCCUGUGGUACCGCCUGGCCAUGGAGAACCCCCCUGGACGCUUCAUCUACUACAUCCCUGUGGAGGAUAAAGACAACAGAGACAAGACAGGGGCGUCAAAGUAUGUCAUAGCCGCCACAGCUGUGACUGUGUCAUCGGGAGGCAAGAUGGCCAUGGCUGGAGCCAUUGGGGUGCAGAUGUCCUUGGAGAUGCUGGAGAAGAGGCUAUGGACCAUUGCCUUUCAGCCCGCUGACACAGACUGUACUGACGUGGAAGGUGUCUGCCCUCUCAGCUGCCAGAGCACUGAUGUCAACUGUUUCCUUGUGGACAGCAACGGCUUCAUCAUAGUCUCUAAAGAAAGGUCAGAGGUCGGACGUUUCUUUGGGGAAGUGGACGGGUCUGUGAUGGCAGCGUUGAUUAAGUCGGGCAUGUACAAGAAGGUGUCGUUGUAUGAUUACCAGGGAAUGUGCAGAUCAGGACACAGUCAUUCCAGUAGUGCUCGCCCUCUGCUCAGCCCUUUCUAUGGCCUUGCUGCAGUGAUUAAAUGGUUCUUCUCUCACAUGUUGAUGUUCUUACUGGAGUUCAACUUCUGUGGGCUGUGGCACUCGGAUUACGUUGUAGACGGUAAAUGCUCUCAAUACUUUAUGUGACAAAGGCCAUUGCAAAGAGGUUUGGAUACAUACUUGUGGAGGUAGAGUCCUACACCAACUUCAAAUCAAAUCUAAAUUGAUUGGUUGCAUACACAGAUUUACAGAUGUUAUCGCAGGUGCAGCAAAAUGCUCCACCAGUGCAGCAAUACCUGGUAAUAUAAAAUAAAACAAUACACACAUAAU